GGACCCCGCCAUGCUUCCCUGCCCCCCGUUACCAUGACCACCGGUGAAACCAAAAGGGCUGCCAGCAUAGCUGGACCCUCAGAAAGAUGAGUGAGGGAGGGCGAAGGCAGAGCUGAUUCAUAGGGACAGAGAGGGAGGAGGGAGCGGUGAUGAUGAUGGAGGAGGAGGAGGCGGCGGCAGCCCUCGGCUUAUUCUCAAUGCAAAGCAACGUUCUGCAGAGCCCGCACACAAAGAAGCAGCAGGGCAGCCUGACACACACGCUAUCCAGGUACAGACCCGGCACCGCAACGACACCGCACACCUGCACCGCACAACACCUGCCAUAAUGUAUCCUGCACAGGAAUAAGACGACAUCCAGGAGAUACAAGGACUCCUACCGCUAUAUACUGUCAGCGCAGCACACACCCACUGCCGCACAUCACUACACACUCAUUGUGACUUAUCACCCCAGCGGUGGGCGCCCGCAGCAUCGGACCACCGCACCGAACCCCUCGUCUGCAGAACAAUGGUUCCCGGAUAUUGGAAUAUUCAGCGUUCCCCGGCUGGACUGGGAGGUGACGGGGGACAUGCCGCAGAAUGACCGUAACCACACACUUUCCUCUGAGAAUGAUUUCUUGAAUUUUAAAUAUAAGUUCAUACGAAAUGAAUCAGAAGAACUCCCAGGGGAGGGGAGAUAUAGAUAAUGAUGAUACAUUGAUCAGUGUCUCAUAUCUGGAUACAUUGUAUCACUGUCCGUGGUCCUGACCUUGGUCUGUGGCAAUUCACUCGAUUACAGAUCCUGUGUACAGAAGCUGCUUACACAACGUGCAGCGCGAUCCAAAUGUCAGCAGUUCUAGGUCAGUCUAUAGAUCCGGCAGAAGACAAAUCACUGACCUUGUAACCACAGAUACGUCACCUGAUUGGAUCCAUUCCCAGACGUCACCGCCAUGGUCCCCGCAUAAAUCGCUCAGUAAUUCUGGCAGAAUGUGAGUACCCUCAGCAGACUGAGCAGCUGCUUUCCAUACUAUGGACGCUCAACAUCAUCCCGGCUGCUUACAGGGACCCCUCUAUCUCCUUCAACAUCCGUGUGCAAAACUCCCAUGUCCAUCUGCUAUGACAUACAUCCGUGCCGAUGAAACGCAUGAACAUUCCAGAGUCAUUCCAAGUCCCCAGAACUAUCUGCUGUGCACUAACCAUGGCUUAGAGGAGCCCUCGCUGAGCAGCAUGCAUCCAUUAAAGAAUGUAGAUUGCCAUCUUGCCUGGGGGCAGUUUUACCCUCCGCAGGCAUGUCAUGCAGGUAAUGCACCAACGGGGACAAAUGUUGAACCCAGGCUGUAUCGGAGCUUGGAGAACUUACACUUUGCAGAGUCGAGUGUGUUUGCACAUUAUAGGAGCAUGGAUAGUGAGUUCAUGUUGCACUGUAGAAGCACCAGAAACUUAUCAGAAGGAUCUGCAGGAAAUAUGCCACCCCAUGGCCUGUCAGUAAGGGACGUGGGCCACCGGGACCUUCCUGCUCCUCCUCUUGCCAAAGUUCAUCAGUGGCUUUUUCUUACAGCGGAUGACAAGGUCUCCUAUGGUGACGCCAAACGGGAACUGAAAGAGAAGCUGAGGACUCACAGUUCCAAGGUUGUGGAACCCAACAGGCCCAUCCGCCCCCAGGUUUGCUUGGUUGACUGCAAGGCAAGAGAAGCAGCAGACAAACUAUGCCAGCACUGCAAACACCAGGCACCCUGUAGUGCAAUAUCUUCUGGUCAUCCUGCACUUAUAAGUAGCACAAUGCCGGCCUCCCGGCAAUGCACAAGUCUCCUACAUCACAGGACCACCCCAGAGCACAUCAAGCAGGAGGCCAGGAGAAGACUGCAGCUCCGCAGGCAAUAUAGUUCCCCAAACCUAACCCUGUAUCAAGAAGAGACCGACAGCAAAAGUCUAGGGAAGUCCAAGACUGCAGAAUCCUUCAAGGAGCUGAGGCCAUGUCCGGGCAGAGUCAUGGAAGCCAACGCCAGGAGGCCCAAGAGAACGGCCAGGUUCUACAUCCCGACAUUCGAAGAAUUCAAGAAGAUGCGCAAUAAGGAAAAGAACUUGUCAAAGAGCGAUGUCCGCCCAGAAUCCUCCGUUGAUAGAACCUCAACGCAAGAACCGCACAACGACACCGACCCGACAGCUGGUUCUCCAAACAUGGACUAUACACAAGACUCUGAAACCAACGCUCUGCCGGCUCCCCCCCAACCUGACCCCGGAGAUCUGCCGGCUCCCCCCCAGCCUGACCCCGGAGAUCUGCCGGCUCCUCCCCAGCCUGACCCCGGAGAUCUGCCGGCUCCUCCCCAGCCUGACCCCGGAGACCCCUCCAUUGUACAGGAUAGUGCAUUAGACCACAGAGCUCACCCUUCAUGUCGGCCUGCAUUCACAGCCCCCAUUUGUUCCAGUCCCGUCUCCAGGUUUCCAUUCCAGGUGUUAGACAUACAUAGCACGAGAGAGGAGCUUGUGGUGUGUGAUCCCCAUGUGUCUGAUUCCGGUAGAUCUAGUGGAUUCCCCGGGAUGGCUGAGCAGGGUCUCCCUUCUGAAGCCCAUUCUUCUUGCUGUCCAUCUUUGCUUCUAGAAGCAACUGAUCUGUCUGGUUACGGAGCCAAGCUGCAGAAAAUGAAGGACGGCCUCAUAGGAUCGGCUCUGGAUCUGAUCAAGAAAAGCUGCAGCUCUGAAAGUGCUGAGACCCCAACAAGUACAUCAUGUGACACCCCAAAAACCGAUACCAUACCGGAUCGACAGAGCUGUCCAUCACCUACUACUGUAUCCAUGGCAACAAAAACUUGUAAAAACCCUUCAAGCAACAAGCUGACCCCUGAACCCAAGCCUAGUAUCUGCAGCCCCGGUUGUCGGAGGUCCAGUUCAGACAUGACUCACGAAGCUGCAGAGUCGGGAAAAGCCCAACGUGGGUGUCGCCUGCGCCCACAUUUCAGUGACCCCAUGCCCACUGACGCAGUGAAGAGGAAACAGUUAGAGCUGAAAAUCGCAGCGGCUGCCCGUCACCAUGCUCAGAAGAGGAGGCAGGACAGAGAGAAUGGACCCGUUUUGAUGAAGGCCAACACCACAACAUCGUGCAGCUCCAACAAAGAUAGCACUUACACCACGGGGCACUCGUACCGAUCGCGCCAUCGCUGGAGUAACAUCAGCAGCUUGAGCACAGACAGUGGGAUUGUUGGGGUCAAUGAUGAGAGGGAAGAAUGUGAAGGGAACACAAGACCCGUAAAGCCAGGAGAGGUGGAGCGGGUGGACAGUGGGAUCGGUGAUGCACUCUCUAGAAAGUGGAGAGCUCGGGUGGUAGAGGCAUCGGCUUCCCUCGAGGCCUGGGAGGCGCACCGUCCGUGUAUAGACUGUGGGGAGAGCAAUUCAUCCAUGGACUCUGGGAGCAGAGGAAAAAGGCGGGAAACGCUGUGUGUGAAGUGCGUCACUCGUAGGAUGGAGCAUAAGGAGGCCGUGCUGGAAUUUGUGAACACAGAAUCGAGCUACGGGGAGGAUCUGCGGAUCAUAAAAGAGGAAUUCUACAUCCCUAUGCAGACGGCGGGAUUACUGACACAAGAACAGCUGGCUGUCGUGUUCAGUAACAUCCAAGAACUCAUUGACCUCAACGAGAAGUUCCUGGAGGUUCUACAAGAGGAAAUCGACCAAGCCUUCGACCAGGGGGAUGAUGACCUGAUGACCAUCUGCAUUGGGGAGAUCUUCUUGGAGUUUGUGAACAUGCUGCCCGCUUUCCAGGCGUACUGCCUCCAGCAACCCACCUCCAUGGCCACGCUGAACGCACUGGAGAAAGAGAAGGAGCUUCUCAGGAUUUUUCUGGAUGUGUCUCAGAAUGAUAAUACCGCCCUGCGACGCAUGAACCUCCGAUCUUUCCUUAUGGCUCCCUUACAGAGGGUCACCAAGUACCCCCUGCUGCUGAGCCGGAUCCUCAAGAGCACAACAGAAUUCCAUCCGGAUCACAGCAGCUUGUGGGAGGCCAAGAGCAGGAUCAAGUCUCAUUUAGAGCACAUCAACAUGAAGACGCGGCAGGAAGGGAACACAUGGACGUUACGUUCCUUCCGCAGGGAGAGCAGGAAGAACAGGGAAGUGACCAACAUCGAGAUGAGGGAGAUGGCCAUCAAGCAGGUCGGCUGGCCCAGGGAGGAGACGCGUUUUAUAAAAGAGGGGCUUCUGCAGAUGGCACAACCUACCGAUGGACAAUGGGUCAAGAAGGGCUGCAAGGCCCUAAAGUUCCACAAUGUGCAUGCACUACUGAUGGUGAACGUAAAGAGAACUUCAGACUCCGGCCUGGAGGGCGGCUCCGCAGACAGAGCGGUGAGAGACGCCGUUGUGGUGCUUAUAAAAGACAAAAGCAAUGGAAAAUUUGUGAUGCUCAGGGACCCCCUGAGACUUGCCCACUGUGUGGUGUCUACUGAUCCGGACUGUGAAGAUACCUUCGAACUCCUGGAGGUCAGGAGGGAAGGGUUUGUUUUUCGGGACAGUGACAAUUCCCGAACCCAGCACUGGUUCCAACAGAUGAAGAGCUAUUCGAGUGAACUCGGAACCUGGAAGAAACGUCGAAACGCCCUCCCUAACAUAAUGAUAAGCACAGCGCAAAACAGAUCCUAAAACCAGAACCUACAGGGAGGGAGGGGGGACCAAAUGUCUACACAAACCUCACAGAUCCUA